AUGAGGAGGCUGAAGACGGGGGGGAUUAAACAGAAGCUGCGUGCGCACAUUUGGGUAAUAGAGCAGAGGAGGAAGAAUAGGAAGGCUUCACGGGAAAACAAGGACAAAAGGCCCUAUAGAGGAGUAAGGAGAAGGCCAUGGGGUAAAUUUGUAGCUAAGAUUAGAGACUCAACAAGAAAUGGUGUUAGGGUUUGGAUUGGAACAUUUGACACAGCCGAAGUUGCAACUUUGGCUUUUGAACAAGCUACGUUCACUACAAGAGGUUCCUUGGUAGUUCUCAAUUUCCCUGAAGUUGUUUGGGAAUCACUGAACAACAUUAUGGUAAACACUAACAACAACAAUAAUAAGGAAGAAGGCUCUUCUCCUGUUUUAGCAUUCAAAAGGAAACAUACUGUGAGGAAAAAUUCAACGUCAAAGUCAAAGUCAAAUGUGAUGAUUAGUAAUAGCAACAAUAACACCAACAACAAUAGCAAUGAGAAGGUUUUGGUGUUAGAGGAUCUGGGUUCUCAGUAUCUUGAACAGAUUCUGAGUUUGACUUCUUCGGAAGGCAUUAUUUGCUAG